UAGAGCUACAAGAUCUACCUAGCAGUCCAUAUAGCUGUCGAAGUUGAGUCGAGGUUGGCAAAAAAAGACUACGUUUGGCACAUCAUGGGUACGGAUCGUACGUUUGUGGCAUUGGCCAUGGUAUUUCUGUCAGUGCUAGUGCUAGUGCUAGUGGAGGGCAGAAGCCUCGGCACACCCUCGCCGUGGACAGAAAGUAGUGAAGAACUAGAUGCAGUCACACAUCCACCGCCAGUCAAGCCCACUGGACGCGAGGACCAUCACGUAGCUGGACUUGGCGACCCGGAAACGUUGGGACCUGAUGUUGAUCAGUGCCUAUGGAACGAGCGCAACAGCGGACUCCUCACUUACGACCACCCUGAUGCCAGAAGUAUUGGCAUGCACUGUGUCAAAUGUGACAUGUGCAAAAGUGGAAAAAUUGUUGAAACUCAUUGCUCAUGCACUAACUCAUCAAUCAAGACAAAAUGCAGACUCGUUGGCCCUGGAGAAUUUAUGCCACAGGUUAACAACUGCACGGCUGCAUUUAACUGCUCUGUCUGUGCUCAUCCCUCGAAAGACUCAGGAGUCUGUGGUCGUUAUAUCAAGUACAUACGUCGUGUCUGUGGACUAGGUAAGGACAAUGCAACCAAACCAGGAGCAAGUGCACAACCAGACGACAGCACAGUAGGCUCAAAUAACAAAUCAACACAAGGUCCAGAACCUGCUGAUAAUGUAACACAAGGAACACUACCUCCAGGAACACCACCUCCAGGAACACCACCUCCAGGAACACCACCUCCAGGAACACCUCCUCCAGGAACACCACCUCCAGGAACACCACCUCCAGCAUGUCCAGGAACAUCACCUCCAGGAACACCACCUCUAGAAACAAACUGGAUGGCUGUUGCCAUUGGAGCUAUCGUUAUCUGCAUUGUAGUUAUCUGCAUAUUUGGAGUUGCCUGUUGGUUUAUGUUACGCACCCGAUACCGGCGUUAUAAGAAGGGUACUUCUGGUGCAUCUACCAGUAAUGGGACCACUGGUGAGCCACCCACAUCCAUUCCCUUGAUCAACCUACCCCAGGCCAACGGUGAUGGGCAUGCAGAAAGGUAACUGCACUCCCUGGUUUGAACAACUUCUGGUUUCAGUGCACGGCAUCAGAUUUUCAGUAAAAUUGAUCUGGAGUCAAGUGAUUCCUCCCUCUCCCUACAUUUUCAUUUUCCCCCUGACCUUUCUUUUUCAACCACAACAGAGUAUAAAGUUGGACUUAUUUCAUAAUUUCAAUGUUUCAGUCUCAGACUUCUGAUAAGGAAAUGAAAGGCAAACGUGAGAAAUAUGUUUUGUUUCGUAACAUGCCAUAACUGUCUCAUUUUAUUGGAGUUCUUCCAAUGACGAGCGGAUGUGUUACCGACUUCCUGCAUAGACUAGAAACUUAUUCAUCUGAAAAAAAAAAAGAAAACACAAAAACUUGAAUGCUUCAGGCAUUCAAAUGAUUGCUCUUCCAUAUAAUGGUAGAUUUUAUAGUAUUCAGUUUCUCUAUGUAUUUCAUACAUUUUGCUAUUCAUGUGUCUUUUUAUGCCCCGUAGUAGUCUUGGUUCCAAGUCGUCACUGUCUGUAUUGGUGUAUUAAAUGAACGUUUUCACACAUUAAAUUUUGCCAUUUGACAAAGGGGGCGAUAUGUGACGGCUGACAGUGCAAGAUUGUCCUACGCAUAGUAACUACGAAUACAGACCCUCGUCCGUCACAUAGUGCCCUCUGUUGACUUGCAAAAUUUACAGCGCUUUCACUUUAAAAUAGAUAGUAACGUCUUGGAACCAAGACUAGCCCUACUGUUUUGCCUUGUUCUUGUGUGUGUCAGUGCAAUCACUUGAGAAAUACUUUGCGUGUGAACUUCAAAUUUGGCCAGCUCUCAGUAAUCCGAGAAAGCCCAUUUAGUAGGAGUGAAAGCUCAAAGUCACAGUGACUCUAAUACUGAAUAGAAAUCUUGUCCGUGCAAUAUUGAGCAUUUAAGCCCAAAGGUAAAGGUCACAAUAGCCAAACGAGAAAUCUUAUUUGUGAUCUGAAAUUACAGUUGUGGGUGUAGCAGAUGUCAAUCACUUCUUCUGAUAAAGGUUAUGUCGGAAGCAAAGAUUUCUUAUGAAUCCUAGAGGGCAUUGUGCAGUCAUGUUUUUUGCUUGCACGUUUUGCAUUUGGCUAAAGUUGGUCGAAGAAUUCCACUGACUUUUGUUUCAAUAUUUGAUACGUCCAAUGUUGUGAGUACAUGUUCAGGGUUACUUGGAAUUGUGUUUCACAGAUUAACCUUAACCCUCCUCAAUUCUUCACCUGUUGGAGGACUGAGGAGUGUUGGGGUCAAGAUGUAUGAGGAGGGAGGCACAUGUAGAAACAAUCAUUUUGGGCACAAUAAACAUCAAGUAUGAAUUUGGCAUGUCAGACCAUGCGGUCAGUUCCACCCAUGUGCCCGGACAGCGUAUUUUGCAUUGAGUUUGGAUAUUUGAACCAAACAGAUUGAACCACACAAUCACAGUCACAGUAUCUACACACACUGUUAGACUUGCUGUCCGUUGCAACUCGUGAUGAAAGUGGUAUGAUACGAGGGCAAAUUACAUUACCGUCUUUGGAAUUUCUUCUGAGUGCUUACCCGUCAUGGUAGGUUUUAGGGAAGGCAGGGCAAUUGUUGUGGUUGACACUUAUUCUUGUUUUGUAUGAAGCCAGUAACAAACAGGGAUGCAUGUACAUGUAUUUAAAAAUUUAUAUAAUUUG